AUGACUGACCAACUAGACCAAUUGGCAGCCGCGGAGCUGCAGCGUUUACAGCGCCAGCAUCGUUCGCUACAGCUAGAUCUGCGAGGGCUGCUUGAAGAGAAAGCGAAACGCCUGAAAAAGCAAAAUCACAUGAUUAACGUACUGCAAGUGGAAAACGAAAAGCUAAAGGAUGAAAUCAAAACCUUGGAGGGCGGCACUCAUGCUCGCCGAAAUACCAAUAAAGAGAAACAAUUAAGCAAUCUGCAAGAUCAGCAAUCAGAGCUGCAGCGCGUCUACCAAACGGAACGCACGAAUCUGUGGGAGUUGGAGGGGCACAUACGUAAAAUGGAAAAAGAAAUUGAUGCACUGCGUCGCAACGAAGUGCCCGAUAACUGCUACAAGGACACCAUUUGCAAAGUCCAAAAGAGCGUGGUGAAACUGGAAAAUCGCCUCGACGUGGUCAACAAAAAGUGCAGCGAUGUCCUAACGGAGAAUGGCAAGAUGAGAGAUGCCAUCAAUCAUAUGCUUCAGGAUCGUGCAAAUUUCAACGAGAUGUGGCAAGCGAUGGUGACACAGUUUAACGAUGGCAAAAAGCUGAUAAUGGACCUCAUUGAUCAAUCAACUAUGGCCUUCGAUCAGCGCCAGGAGCUGUGCACGAAGCUCUCAGUUCUCAAGGAUCGCAAUGAGAAUGACAAAGUCAUGCACAUCCAGGAGAUGCGAGAGAUGCAGCGUCGUUUGGAGCACGAUGCUAAGCUGCAAAAGUUCUUCGACAUCAAGGGUCAGAAACGGCUCAACCCGGAGCUAGAGCAACGGGAGCUAGACAAAAAACAAAGCCAAAAGGAAAACUAUGAGCGACAACUAUUCGAAUACAAAGAGAUCAUAGAGAGAAUCAAGCAACUCUAUGGCGAGGAUGACCCAGAACGUCUGGUGGCUCAGUUCAAGCGCCAGGAAGACGAAAACUUUGCGCUCUUUAAUUAUGUGAACGAGCUGAGUCACGAAGUGGAGGUGCUCAAUGAUACCACACAGGAGUUAACCGAAGAGAUUGAGCGUCAGAAAUCGGAGCAAACAGAGAAGGAACUGAAGCUCAAGACUGAGGCCUUGGACUAUUUGAAUGAGGAACUGGCGCGCAUAGAGCAGCUGGCCAAGGAGACGGGCGAAAAGAAACAGAAUCUCAGCAACAGAUUGCAGCAGCUGCUCAAGGGUAUAGAGGAUAUAUUCAAAUUGCUGGCUUGCGAUGAUGCCCCUAUAUUAAAUGUGCUUAGCUCAAAGACCUUCCUCACCGUGCACAAUGUGAAGCUAUUUAUAGGCGUCAUUGAGCGUCGUGUGAAUAUCAUUAUAAGCACAAUCAACAUUGAGGAUAACUCAAAUAGGAUCUUGGCCAGGAAGGAUCGUGUGCCGAAAUUCAAUAUACGCGAAUCGGCUAAAAUGAAACAUUAG